AUCUCAAUCGUUUCUUUCUUUCUCAACUCUCCUAUCAAAACAUACACACAAUGCACUUCUCAGUCGUUACCCUCGCGGCCCUCAGUACCUCCGUGCUAGCUACCCAGGGCCUCAUCAGCCACCAGUCUUUCAGCGCCAUGCUGCGUCGGGGCGAGGCCCUCUCCAAACGCCAGGGUUACUACCCCGAUGGCAGCGGCACGCCAUGCAGCGGCACCGGUACUACCUGUGAGGAAGUCUGCGGAGCAACCUACAACGAAUGUAGCUCCACCGAGGGCAGAGGUCUCUGUUUUGAGCCUUCGACUGGCGCUCAGUGCUGCAGUGGCACGGGAAAAGUCUGUGAUCCCGGCUAUUACUGCACGCGCGAUGCCGCAGGAAUCCCCUAUUGCUGUGUGGAGAACGUCAGCGCAGAGCAGUGCGCGCGUGAAUACGGGGUUGACGGAACAUUGAUCCCGGAUUCAGCGACGCCAGCCGUCCCGUCUCCAACUGAGUCACCUGAGAUACCGAGUGCGAGUGACGCAGAGAGCUACACUGAGGAACCACCUUCCUUCACCUCUGAAGACAUCUCUCCGACAGAGACUGCGGAGCCUGAGACGACCGAGGCGCCAUAUCCCAGUACUGGGGCUUCAAAUAAGCCUACGUUGCCCAAUGUAUUCCCCACAGGCGGCUACUCUUCCCGAACCCUGACGCCAAACCCCAGCAGCGUUAGUUCGGCGCUGCCUCAGUUCACGGGCGGAGCUGCGCUGAGAAGCUGCGGCCAAGGUGCUCUUAUGCUGGCUGGAGCUGCUGGUCUGGUCAUGUUGUAAUACACGGCGGCAUGACAGGCAUGCCUAAAAAUGAAGUAGGGGGGAAUCUGGUAUUCAUCGUGCAUCUAGGUGUACGAAUAAUUGGUCCCCAUCUUUGUCAUCAUACAUACGCUUAAUGCUCUCACGCGAUUAAUCAGACACUCCAUCAACAACGAGAAAAAAAAAGUAGCCUAUUCAUAUAUAUAUACCCC